UUCAGAUACUCUGAUUUGCAGUAGAAGAAACAAUGGCUCCUGCUCAUGGUAAAGCGAGUGGCACCUCUCAGUUGGAGGAGAUUAGACAGAAGUUCAAGCAGACUGGCGAGUUGUUUGUGGACAAAGACUUCCCUGCCAAUGACUCAUCCCUCUACUUCGAAGAGAGUCCACCCAAGGAGUUCAAGUGGCUGAGACCCAAAGAGAUCGCAUCCAAUCCACAGUUGUUCGACGCAGGAGCAGACAGGAGUGACAUUGAACAGGGAUACCUGGGCGACUGCUGGCUCCUCGCCUCUCUCUCCUGUCUGUCAAUGAGACCACAACUGCUGAAGAGAGUGGUCCCUUCAGAUCAGGGCUUCGAUGCAGAUAACUACUGCGGCGCUUUUCACUUCUACUUCUGGCGAGCAGGUGAAUGGAAGGAAAUCAUAGUGGAUGAUCAGCUGCCUACCUACGGUGGCAAACUGGUCUUCACCCACAGCAAAUCAGAAGACGAGUUCUGGACUGCACUAGUGGAGAAAGCAUAUGCUAAGAUCUUUGGCACGUUUGAGUCUCUGAAGGGAGGAAAUAUGGCGGAAGCUAUGGAGGACUUCACAGGUGGACUGACUGAGCCCUAUGAGCUAAAUGCCGCCCCAAAACACCUCUUCAAGCUGAUGGAGCAUGCAUUCGAGCGGGACAGUAUGAUCGGCUGCUCUAUUCCGCCCACGCCUGGAAUUGUGGAGGCGGAGCUUGACAGUGGACUCAUUGCUGGACACGCUUACUCUGUCACUGGCGUCAAAAGGGUGACGUUGCGUGGCCAGGAGAUGCACAUGGUCCGCAUCAGGAACCCCUGGGGAAAGAGUGAGUGGAAUGGAGCAUGGAGCGACGAUUCUCCGGAGAUGAAGGGACUGUCUGACGAUGAGAAGAAGGCACUAGAGCUGAAAAAGGAGGACGACGGGGAGUUCUGGAUGGACUUCAAGGACUUCAAACAGCACUACGUCACUAUUGAGAUCUGCAACUUGAGUCCGGAUGCAGUAGUGACGGACGAGACUGAUGCUGAUCUGGCCAAGAAGAAGUGGGUGACGACGAUGGAGCACAAGGCUUGGAUUAAGGGAUCCACUGCCGGAGGAUGUAGAAACAACAAGGAUACCUUCCACAAGAACCCCCAGGUGUUUGUGCGUCUGGACGAGGCAGAUGAUGACGACAAAGACGAAGGGUGUACUCUGAUAGUGGCCCUGUACCAGAAGGGCACCAGAGUGGGCAGGAGUCUGGGCAAGAAGCCACUCACCAUCGGAUUCGCCAUCUACGAGAUCUCGGAGGAUUACAAGCAGAAGACUGGCUAUGUGGCAGGCACAGACAUGGACAGGAAGUUCUUCCUCACCCGAAAGAUGACUGAGAAAAGUCCGGCAUACAUCAACAGCAGAGAAGUAGUGGGAAGAUACAAGUUGAAGCCAGGAGACUACGUCAUAGUUCCCUCCACCUUCCAGGCCAAUGAGCAGGGCAACUUCAUGCUGCGAAUCUACACUGAGAAGAAGAUCGAAUCCCAGGCACUGGAUCAGCAGACUGACUACAAACCAACUGUCAAGCCCCUGACCCCGACAGAGAAGGGACAUUACGAGGAGUUGAAGAAGAAGUUUGCCGACAUAGCUGGAGAGGAUCUGGAGGUGGAUGCAUUUGAGCUGCGACAGAUGUUGAACGAGAGUGAUGCUCUGGCAGAAGUGAAGACUGGCAACUUCUCCAUCGACGCCUGCAGGACCAUGGUCGCCAUCUACGACGAGGACAUGUCUGGCAAGUUAGGCUUUGUGGAGUUCACUGAACUGUGGGUGUACAUCUGCAUGUGCAAGAAGGUCUUCCUCAACUUCGACGAGGACAAAAGCGGCUCAUUCUCCUCCUUCGAAAUGCAGGAUGCUCUGAAGUACUUGGGGUACUCUCUAGACAGGUCCACGUUCUCGUGCAUUGUGACCAGAUAUGCGAACAGACAGAACCAGAUAGACUUCAACGACUUCGUCAUGAUUGCAGGCAAACUCAGAUCCACCUUCGAACGAUACGAAGCGCACAAGAAUGGACAAGGCAAUGCAGAAGUUAGCGUCAAGCAGUGGGUACAAAUCAACAUGUACAGCUAAAUUCCACAAUCUGUGCUGCUGUGCACUUGUCUGAGAAGAUAUCUACCCUAUUGCAUCAAAAUUAAGCUGGAGAAGAAAAUUCAUCGUAAAGUGGAACAAUGAAGCUUAACAACUCGAUCAGUUCAUAAUUCUAUAACUUAUUUAUAACCCAAACUCAAACUUCUGAUUAAAUCGCUGCCGCUGGCCAGUCAGCCCAAAUUAAGUGAAUUAUUUAACAGAAACAAACUUAAUUUAACUUCGCUGGAAAAAUAAAACUCGUAAUUUAGUACAAGACUGAUUGUCAGGUGAUAACGAAUAAAUUAAUAAUGUAUUGAUUUGGUAGAAUCUUUCGGUAGGUUUCUUAUUUGUGUAGAAAAUACGCUUAACUUUGCCGACCAUCUAAAUAACCGACAAAAAAGUCAAAGUGAGGAGUCGCGAAGAAGAAUUGAAAAUUUUUUGCCCACUUGGUAUGGCUUCUGCAUCUAAGCGCGUCGGCAGUUGUUACUAAAUAUUAUUAUUAUAAAUUUCGAAUUACUCUCAAUUAACUAUUGAGCUAUAUUUUGCAUGUUUUACACUUCUAUGACAGAACAUUCCAUUAUAUUCAAAAGUUUUAAAGGUUGAGGUUUUUUAUCAGGUUUUUAUAACAAAAAUGGAUUACUUUAGGAAAAUGGAUUCAUUCAUAUGGUUAUCUUCAAUUACAUUUUGUUUCGAAUGAAUUUCUCAUUUAAGAUUGUAAAUUGCUGUUUUAAAUCUCAUGAAAAUCUCCAAAUUAAGAAACUCAUCCUCUUAAUGUGCAGUAACUGUUUUCGGGAAAUUGCAACGCAUGGGUAAAUCGACAAAUUCAAAACUCAAUUUAUAAUUUAUUGAA